AUGGCAUCAUUAAAAAAAGUCAAAGUAGUGCUACUGGCCUCCGAGUGGAGCUCAAAGCAUGGUGGACUAUCUACCUUCAACAGAGUGUUAGCCAUACAGUUGGCCCAAAAUCCAAAGGUAGCAGUUUCCGUCUUUCUCCCAGAAUGCGACCAGACCGAAAGGGACGCGGCAAAGAAGAACAACAUUACUUUAGUUGAGGCAGAACCCAGGCCUGGCAUUGACAAAAUGCUAUGGUUAUGCCAUCCACCGAAAGAUCUUGAAAUUGACUUUGUUAUCGGCCACGGGGUAGUGCUUGGUCGUCAAGCACAAUUUAUAACAGAUAAUCGCUCAUGCAAGUGGGUACAAUUUGUGCACACCGACCCAGAGGAGCUGGGGAUGUUCAAAGAUUACCCAGAUGCAGUUUCAAAGGGAGAAGAGAAGCAUCAAACGGAAGUCAAACUCUGCGAAAUGGCCGACUUCGUUGUGGCAGUGGGUCCUAAACUGGCAGAGGCUUAUCGUUCCUACCUUCGACAUUGUGGGAAAGACCGAGAUGUCUUUGAGCUUACACCAGGUAUCUUCAGCGAGUUCUCUAACGUACUGCAAAGCACGCAAGAAGGGGGCAAAUUUCGAGUUUUAUCUUUUGGGCGUGGCGAUGCCGAAGACUUCCACUUGAAGGGAUUUGACGUCGCGGCCAAAGCCGUAGCAAAUCUUCAUAAUGCUCAUCUGAUCUUUGUUGGCGCUGCGAGCAAGGAACAAGACGAAGUGGCAGAGCGUUUGAAGAAAUGCGAUUUACCUCCAAGUCGUCUCAGAGUAAGGGCUUACAAGGAUAAACGAGAGGGCUUAAAACAGCUUUUCUCUGGGGUGGACCUUGCUUUAAUGCCGUCGAGAACCGAGGGUUUUGGACUCGCCGCUUUGGAAGCCCUAUCUGCAGGACUACCUGUUUUGGUCAGUGCCAAUUCAGGAUUCGGAGAAGCCCUUGGUAAAGUGCCUUUUGGUUCAGGAUGUGUGAUUUCCUCUGACGAUGCUGGAGUAUGGGCUGAAGAAAUCGGCAAGGUGAUGAAAAAGCCAAGAGUCACCCGCUUGGAGGAAUCAAAAUCAAUCCUCGAAAAUUAUGCCAAAAAGUACAACUGGCAGGAACAAACCAAAGAUCUCGUUGAAAAAAUCAUGGCCAUUCGUAAGGGUAGGCAGUUCUAUUGUUAUCUGAUUUUGUGAAAUAAUUCAUAAAUGCAGUCAUAUGCCACCUACAUUUUUCUCAUUUAUUGCUUUAAUUAAUCUGCAUAGUGAUUUUAAAGAUGAAUUGACAAAUCGACAUUAAAUGUUAGGUUUGAAGAAUCAUUAGAGUUAACCAAGGGCCAUUUUGGUUGUGAGUGUUUUGUACAGGCAAUCACAUGAUUUCGAGUGCAAUUUGGGAUGAAUCAGCACAAGUAAAUUUUUCAAAGGUUAACCAAAUUGUAAUUAAUUUUGUGGUCUUUGAAAAAUUUACAACUAUUUAUUUAUCCCAAAUUGUACGAGAAUAACCGUGUGAUUACUUGUUAGUAUAUACAUGCAAAGAUUUGACUUGCUCUUCCUCUUUUGCGUGUCACCGAGCCACUCCUCCUUGUUCCGGCCUACAAAUGACAGCCUGGACCAAGAUUGGUCUAGAUUUUGAUAGUUGAAUACUUGACGGACAAAAACCACUAGAAGCUCGAAAUUUGUUUACCGAAAAGUGAAGCCUUUUGUCGUUUUACGCUUUUUAACUUUUCAAGUUAUUCCACUGCCGCCACGGAAAGAACUACAACUGCGAUAAAGAUUAUAUUCCUUUGUUGUGUUUUGUAUAUUUGGGUUUUGGUUGAGGAAAGCGUCGCAACGGGGAUUUCAGCGAUGGCUGUUUUUGUCUGGUUUAACGGCGGGCAUAAUUAUUUUAAGUUUCAGUCAUACGGCACGGUGACUCAUAAGAUAAAUGUGCACAAGCUUUUAAACAGUUUUCUGACUGUAAAUGAAAAGGACAAGUUCUAAAGAAAACUUAGUCGUCGUGUUGGUUUUAAAAAGAAGGCUUUAAGCGGGGUAUGUUCGUCUAGUAUUCGCCUUCCAAACGCGAAGUCGACUAAAAUACAAACACACAGAAAACAUUAGGUUUUAAAAAAGAUUUUCCGCAACUCCUCAAUCACACUACUUCCUUAUGAAAGGUGAUUUUGUUUUCAGACAUUUUUCCUGUUUUGAGUGUCCUUCAAGAAUUUUGCAUUUUGCUAUUUGGGAGGGAGUAAGGGAGGGUACGAAUAUCUCAAAACCGCACAGAAUAACAUGAGAAAACCGCAAACCGCUUGGUCAUGUAAAACAGCAAAACCGCACCAAAAAUCGAGCAAAACCGCAUCACCGCAAACUUACGCCCCCCUGAUUAAUGGCUUUGUUUCUUCUGGUUUCGUUCUUGGAGUGUGGGUCAAACUUUGCCGCGUAAAUGAAACUGAAAUCAGACUUGCUUUUUAAUUAUGGUUGCAGGACUUGUGAUUUACGUCUGUUUGCACAUUCUCCACCCUCAACGAAAAAAAUACGUAAAGGAGUUGUCGAUUGUUCUACUGACAGACCCUUAACUCACCUGGCGCUGUUGAUCAAUUUAAUUUCAACUUUCUGCAAUCAAUUUCAACUUUUUGCACUCAAACAUUUCAACUUUCUGGACUGUUUGGGAUUAAUUGACGUGCUCUGAUCUCAGCCAAUGAGCGUGCUUAAAUUAUUGCACUUAUAUUAUUAGUGUAUCAAUUACUAGGAACCUCUAAGGUCUGAAAAGCUAGAAAGUAAAAUAAGACGAUUAAAGGGAGCAUUACUAUAAUACAAACGAAACGUUAAUCACUGUCACCGUCCGUACGGUCCUACUCGGGACCAUAGUUACGUAGAUACUCUCGUUUGCAGGGACGAUUGAAAACAGUCUACUCACUACCAUAUAAAAAUUUGUUAUUUCAGAAUUAGACAUGAUUUCUUUUAACUUUUCUUAUUUUUUUAACUUCAUAUCUAAAACAUAAAUUUCUGCUUUAAUUUCACUUUUUUAUAGAUUCCCCGCGAACAUCAUCUUCGGACGGCGCUAAGAAGCGAAAAGGAGAUUCUCUAUCAACAGGUGAUUGA